AUGGUCAAGAAGGACACGACAGAGAGCACGAAGGAGGACAAGAACGAGGACAACAAGGACAACGAGCUUUCCUGGGAGAAGAGGGUGGAAGCCAAAAAGUCUGCAGCACAGAGCUCCGCUUGGCGCCCUGCGCACGAGAAGGACGACAGGAAGGAGGACAAGACAGAGAGCAGGAAGGAGGACAAGAACGAGGACACGAAGGACAACAAGCUUUCCUGGAAGGAGAGGCUGGAGGCCAAAAAGGCUGCAGCGCAGAGAUCCACUUGGCGCCCUGCGCGCUGGUUCUACAACAACGCCAUUUGCAUCAAAGGGAGCGACUGCCCCUUCUUCCACAGGGCCCAGAAGAAGCCCCGCGAAACUUGCCGCAAGUUCGCGCAGGGCCUCUGCUACCGAGGCAACAACUGCUGGCACGCGCACCUGGAGGGGAAGGGGGUGGACAAGAGCAAGGGGGAGACGAAGCAGAACGACAAGACGAACGAGAACACAGAGGAGGUGAAGAAGGAGGAGAGCAAGGAGGUGGAGAAGGACGGGCCCGAGGUGCAAAAGACAGGGGACCAACUGCAGGAGACGCCCAAGGAAAGGGCACUCGACGAGGAGAUCCUUCAGCAAAGCCGCGCGGGCGAGUGGGAGCAGUGCACGACCAAGACCAACAAAACAGUCGCGCGCUCCAAGGCCACAGGGGAGGUGCGCCUCACCCCGCCCACGCAGAACGAAAUUGAACAGGAGGGCGCGAAGUUCGCUGACUUGAAAAAGGCGCUUCUUUUGAAGAACAACCAGAAGCAUUUCAAGGCGGCCAAUUUGGCCGCAAAGUACAACAUCAAGUUGGAGGGGCUGAACAAGGAGGUCGAUAAAGUGCGCGCCGCUGAGGCGUGGAGGCAGGCGGAUUUCAACUACCGCCGCCAGCGGGCGCUGCAGGGUGCGAUGGCUCAGCGCUGGCAUGCAGAGAAAUGCUGCCCGUGGGAGAAGAGGUGCCAGGGCUGGGACCUUGCCGUCCCUGACAUGCUCGGAGCAUUCCUCGACGCGCUGCCAAAGCCAUCCAGCGCGCACAGAGAGGGCAUCACGAACGAGAAGGGCGCCCCAGCAGAGAAGAUCACGUUGAAGUACGCCGAGGCGAGCGGUGACGGGAAAGUGUGCUACCACGGAACGUGGGUGGGUGCGGUCCUACCAAUCCUUCAGGAAGGCUUUCGUGAGAGCCACGACCGCCAGGUGCACGAGUUUACCACGCAGGGGGUCUACGUGGCGCCGAAGUGGGGCUUGUCGGAGUACUCCACGGCGUGCAAGAUGAUUGAGUUCCCGAACGACGAGACCCCCUACACCCGCUUUCUCUGCAAAGUUGAGGCGGUUGGGCAGAGCAGGCCGCUGAAGACAACCUGGUGGCAGGCGUGCUACGGUGCAGAGCAAGUCCGCGUGCUCGAGCUGCACGUUGUGCGCGGAUGGGGAUUCCAGGUCACUGAGCCCGUUCACAGAAGCUCACCUGAGAACGUGAUGUCAGUUAUCAGGAAUCUGGCGCCGCGCCGAGACGUUCCGACGCCGAUGGCCGCCCCCGCCACGCAGUCGGAUCCAUGGAUCUCAGAGCCGCCUAGCUUUCCGCCUGCUCCUCCGCCAAUCACAUGGGUGGAGUACAUGUACAAUGACGUGCCGAACAAGAGGAAGAUGCCGUACUACGUGUGCAACGCGACUGGGAAAACCCAAUGGGAAAAGCCCGACCAGCCGUUCAUUGCGUUCCAGGCUCAGACCACCAUUGUGGAAGACCCUUGGAGCGUCGCGGUGCCAGCGCCUUCCUCGAGCACGAUGGAGCCCAUCAGUGUGAACGCCAUGCCUUCACGCCACGACCUCGUCUUCAAGGGCGACCACUGCUGCCUUUGCAAUAUGAAGGCCACGGGCGAGCACAUCAAGUCCAAGAGGCACCAGGACAAAUUCACUGUGUGCAUCUGGCCCAACUUCUUCCAAUUUCAGAAGACUGGGGUCCCCUUCCUGGCGCCAGGCUUCGCGGGCCCGCUGUGGAUGUCGGAGGACCCCGCAGUAGGCGACGUGCUUGUCCGCGAGUACAUGUGCCUCGAAGUGGCGGCGGAAUGCGCCCGCCACGAGGACCGCGACCGCGUGUGCACCUUGGCACUCACGUCCCCCGACCGCCCGCGCUGGCACGACACGGUGGAGGUGGAGUGGUCCACCACGUGGUGCAGGAUGGAAUGGAUCGUUCAGCAGAUGCUCGGCCUACCCCCCCACCGCGCAGUGGUCUUUGACGCGGGGCGCUCGCCCGCGCGCGCGGCCAAUGAUUUGGGGGUGAUCGGGCGGAUCUCGGCGGCGGAGAUCUGUCCGAACGCUUUCGCACGCCCACAAGCCCUUGAUAUAACCCUGAUCAUGGGCAACCUCCCCGCCCUUGGGAUGAAGUCGCUGAGAUUGCAGCAUGCCGCAGCUUGUUCUGGCUCAAUUGACGCCAGCCGCCUCCGCCAGCGCCCUCUGGUCGGGCAGUCAAUUCGGGCGGCUAUGGCCAACUUCCCUUUGCCGAAGAGGGGGAAGCGCAGGGCGGCGAUCCAGGAUCGAACGGCCAAGCGCGCGCCGCCAAGCAGGAAGCCCAGCAAGAAUACGAAGGGCCACAGCGCCAUGAAGGCGGUGAAGAAGGCCGAGGACAGCCCACCCAAACGCAUACCCUACGCGCGGCACGGGAUCCGCACGGAAAAGUCUCGGAACGACAGGGUGAAGUGGUGUUCGGGGUUGUCCGACUUCAUGAACAGGGGCGAGAAGCACGUCAUCAACGUGCUCAAGAAGCACGGCCACUUGCCAGAGUGGGCGGGGGCCAGCUGCCCGCAUUGCACCAAAGGCACCCUCGGCACUCUCAAAAAGUGGUCCCGUAAGCAGGGCGGGUGGGGCCACAGGUGCAACCACAGCGGGCGCCAUCGGCACGUCCUGCCGCACGCGUUCCACCCGAUCGUCGUGGCGGGCACGGGGCAAUCGCACGCGCCCCUGCGAGAUCAAGCGCCUGCCUUGUUCUCGGCCGUGGCGGGGGCCUCGCAGGUGUGCCCUGGGCGCCUCGUCGACAAGAACCACAAGAUGGUCGAGGGCGUUCACGGCCGCCUGUAUGCCACCAGGGAGACGCACGUCACGGCGAAGGAGAAGUCCAUCAAGUUCGGGCAGGGCGAGGCCUGGAAGGACAUCGAGGCCGACGAGGUGGACCUUGCGAAAAAGGCAUCCGCGGACGGCGGCUCCGAACCUGUCGACUGGGAGCAGUGGGGCGGGAUCGUGGAGAGAGGUGCCCCAGAGACGCUCGUGCUCUUCAGGCUGAAGCCCACGCGGACGAAGAAGAGGGCGCCAGGCCUAGGGGCCAUCCGCAAACGGGACUGGAUGCCCGCGGCGAAGAAGCGGCUCAAGGGCCGCCGCGUCUUGCUGCACACGGGCGGCGCCAAGAGCUACAGGGUCAAACUGGACGGCGUGAAGCACGACUACGCUGUUCAUUGCCGCAAGCGCGUCAAGGUCCGCGGCAAGUACAUCUGGGCGAAGCCGAAGUACGCCAAGCCCCGCUGGCACAACUUUGCUGAUGACGGCGCCCCCAUGAAGAAGCUGCGGAAGUCGGUGCACACAAAGAUUCUCCGACAGAAGAUCCGCUCGUUCCAGUGGGAGUACUGGAACCGCGGCGCCGACUACUGGCAGCGCACGGGGGACAUGCUGAGCUUCUUGUGGCACAGGCGCCCCAUCUCCCCCAAUCACAUGGCAAAUCUGCCAGCCCUUGGGAUGAAGUCUGUGAAGGCGCAUCUGGAGCUCGAAGGCGCUGACAGCGGGAAGAUCAAGGAUGUGUACGAGAGGGCCCGCGGGAACGACGUCGUCCCGAUGCACCGCACGGCGACGCACCCAGAGAUCUUUCAGGACGACCCGCCGGCGCUCUACAAAGUCCACGAUCUCCCACUCAUGCCAUCCGAGGGGAGUAAAAAGAUGAAGCACGCGAUUGCCGUUGUCCCGGGCUACCAGGGUGAGAUCAACGUGGAUGCGGUGCGGGAUGCUAUGCUCGUCAAUGAUUACAAUGGCCUCCCAGAGCCUCUGCGCCCCAAGACUGAUUGGGAGGCCCUGUACACGAUGCAGUUGGCCCUGGUGCCCGUCCCGCAUGGCGAAGGGAUGGACAUCGUCAAGUACUACGCUUUCUCUGUCCCGCAGUCGGUGACCGACAUUCAGAACCGCCUCGCCCUCGACGACGAAGUCUUGUACGCCGCUUCUUGGGGCAAGGGCGGGGACGUCAAGACGCCGUGGAAGGUCUUGGUCUACAUGAUGGAUCGGCUUGGCGGCACGCACUUUCGGUACCACCUGCCCCCGCAGGAGAAGGGCGACAAGGAGAAGAAAAAGUGCCUUCCUCAGGACGUGAUCGUAGCCCAGUACCAGUUCAUUAAGGACAACGCCCCGCGCGGCAACUUCGAUUGCGAGCAGAUGAUGUGGAUCGACUUCCAGCUGAACGACCCGCAGAGCCCAAUCCACCAUUGGAAGGAGGGGAAGAUCAAGGAGGUUCUCUCGCACAUCAAGGACCAGAGCACACAGGCGAGCAAGGUCACGCACUUCCCCAUCUUCAUAUUCGACGCGGGGGAGGAGGGCAUCGAGCGCGCGAAGCGCCUCGUUCCGACUUUCAAGAGCCACUCUUGCCUCAUGGUCGGCGAGGCUGGCGAGGGGAAGACGCCGUACUUGGAGACCAUGGCGCCCGCGAUGGGUGACUAUUACGCGGACAAGCUGGGGAACCGCAGCGCGGCCUCGCACCGCGCGGCGCCAGACCUGGACUUCUUCCGCGCAGAGGAAGGCACGAAGCACUGCCCCUGCGUGUUCGACGACGGCGAUUUAUUCGACCAGCGCCCGAUGACGUUGAAGGCUUUCCUGGACGUCGGCCAGUGGCAGGCCAUGACGAGGGAGAGGUGGGGGGCAGCGAAGUUCGUCCGUGGUCAAGCGCGCUUCGCCGCGGAGAACAAGUACGACGAGGCGGCCGUUCCUAGCUGGGACGCGUGGCGCGGCCUGGACGUCUUGCCGCUCAAGCAGGCGGUCCAGAAGAGGAACGAGUUCUUGUUCGACACGCUGAAGCCGACUUUCCCAAAAGACAUGUCCAAGGCGAACGUCAUCGCGAUCGCGAAGCGGUCUUCCGUCGUCAUGAACACACCUGAUGACGUCUUCGAGCGCCUGGCGGGGUUGGGCUCGGACGCGACGAGAACCCCAAAGAACGGGCAUUUCAUUACCAAGCAGGCGGGCACCAUUCUCUACAACUACAUCGAGAACGGCAUCGAGCGGGCCCCCGAGGAGUACAACGUGCUGAGGGACAAGCAGCUCCGCUUCAUGAAGGGGUUGCUCGACAAGGGCGCCGUGCCCAUGCCCGUGCCGGUUAAGAGGGAGCUCGUCGACGGCAGCGAGGACGACGCAGACGCGGCGCUCCGCGAGCCUCUGCCAAGCCUGCCCCAUCGCAUCAAGUGGGCCAGGCCUUUCGGGAGCAUCCCAGGCGGCCAGAUUGACAUCACGACGCCGCCGCGCGCGGCCCGCGCGUCGUAA